AUGGAAGGAGCUUUGGUAGCUGCAACUCGCUUCGUAGCUGACAAGGCGGCAAUUCUCUUCCAACUCGACGAGAAACUCAAGGCAAUGACCGAUAUCGAAGAGAAGAUGGAGAAUAUCAAGGAGUUGUCGACGAUUAUUGACAUGGUGAUCGAAGAUGUCGAGUCCCACACUUUAAAUAAAGAUGCUGUGAAGGACUGGUUGAGGAAGCUCAAAUACUUGGCCUACGAUCUCGAGGAUGUAAUGGAUUGUUACGACACCGAAGCCUUGCGGAGGCAGAGAUCAUCAAUAUCUUCUUUCGAGCCGGUGCGUGAUUUCUUCUCUUCUAAUAAUCAAAUUGUUUUUACGAGUAGGAUGAGUGAUAUGAUAAAAGCUGUAACAAAUAGUCUGGAUUCUAUUUUGCGACAAAAGUCCUUUCUUCCUAAUUUGCCACAAAGCAGUAGCCACAUGUCACUAAAACCCUACAGAGAAACCCACUCCCGCAAUAGCUUUGAUGUUAUAGGGAGAGAAAUAGAGAAGGAUAUGAUUGUCGGCAUGUUAACAAAGGAUGAUGAUGAUGAUGAUGAUGAAAGCAGUCAUGGUACAUUGAAGGUCAUUGCGAUCGUAGGGAUGGGUGGCCUGGGGAAGACUACACUUGCUCAGCUUGUUUUCAAUGAUGCAAGGGUGAAAGAUCAUUUUGAAAGUUCAAGGUUGUGGACAGUUGUGGGGGCUGAAUUUGACCUGGCAAAGAUAAUGAAAUCUGUUUUAGAGCUGGCUACCAGUGCAUCAGUCAAUAUCUCACAAAUAGAUUUAGUGAGACAGAACUUAGAAAAAGCAUUAUCUGGGAAGAGAUUUCUGCUCGUGCUGGAUGAUGUAUGGAAUGAAGAUCCAUUUGCGUGGGGUAAGCUGAAAGCAGCCUUAACAUGUGGGACUAGAGGAAGCAGAAUUUUGGUGACAACCCGUAGCCAACAGGUCUCUUCAAUUAUGGGCUCAUCCAAUACCAUCCACCAAAUACAACAGUUGUCUGGAGAUGAUUGUUUGUACUUGUUUCAACAAUUUGCAUUCGGAGAUCAAGCAGUCGAUCAAAACCUGAUGGAAAUUGGUGAAAAAAUUGCUAAAAAAUGUGGUGGUGUUCCCUUGGCAGCCAUUUCUCUUGGUAGCAUGCUCCGCAUCACUCGAGAUGAAACCUAUUGGUCCUCGGUAUUGAACAGCGAAAUAUGGCAACUGGGAAAUGAGGAAGAUCAAGUGUUAGCUGUGCUAAAGUUGAGCUAUGACACUCUCCCUCUGCGGUCAAAGAAGUGUUUUGCAUUUGCCUCUCUAUUUUCAAAAAAUGAUAUAAUGGCAAAGGAUGAACUGAUUAAACUGUGGAUAGCAAAUGGUUUUGUACGUUCAGAAGGAAAUUUUAAUGCUGAAACAGCAGGCGAUCGUGUCUUUGAUGAUCUUGUGUUGAGAUCAUUCUUUCUCUUGGUACCAUCUCAAGAUGUAACCCGGUGCACGAUGCAUGAUUUGAUGCAUGAUCUGGCACGAUCAGUAUCUGCAGAUGUAUAUUGGAAUUCUGAACAAGACUCGGUGGAAAACAUUGGCAAACGAACAUAUCAUUUGAAAAUAAGUCAAUCAGAGGAAUCGAGCAUGACUCAUGUCUUAGGCAAGAAACCAUUGUACUUGCGCACUUUUAUGUCCCGACGUGUGUAUUCACCUUUGAGGACCAAUAUGUUUGAAGGCUUCUUAGAACUGAAAUUUUUGCGGUCGAUAGAUUUACCUUGCAAUGGCAUCAUAGAGGUGCCAACAUCAAUAGGAAACUUGAUACAUUUGAGGUACCUCAACUUAUCUAGGAAUGGUAUUAAAGUUCUACCUGAUUCCAUAACCCUUCUCCCCAAUUUACAGUAUCUCGAUCUCAGUUUCAAUGAGGAACUUCAAGAGCUACCAGAAGAGUUGGGGAAUAUGCAAAGCCUUCGGGAACUUGAUUGCCGCCAUCUUGAUUUUCAAAAGCUUCUACCUCUUUUUUCCCAUAUACAAAACAUUCAGGAUCUUGAUUUACUACGUGCUCUUUCCCAUUUUAAUUUUGGAUUGACACACAUGCCCUGUGGAUUGUCACGGCUAACUAAUCUUCAAAGUUUAGGUGCCUUUUAUGCUGGGGACAGAACCGGUGCAUGCUCAAUUAUAGAACUUGAGGAUUUGAAGCUUCAUGGAGAAAUGAAUAUUAUAUUUUCCAAGGAUUUUACUAAUUACUCUUGUGGUGGAAGAAAAAUCUUGAAGAAUAAAGAUCUUAGUGAACUACGCUUAGAGUUUAAUGGGUCAGAGAGAUAUGAUAAGGAGAUGUUGGACGAUCUUUGUCCCAACAAGAGCUUAAAGAAGUUGAGCAUAUGCAAUUAUGGGAGCCGACAAUAUCCUGCAUGGUUGAUGGAGUCACAGUUGUCAAAUUUCGUUGAAGUUAGCCUUAAAAAUUGUCGUGGUUGUGAGCAUAUUCCUCCGUUUGGAAAUCUGCAGUUUCUCAAGAAGCUUGACUUACGGUCUAUGAAUGGCAUUACACAUAUGGGUGUUGAGUUCCAUGGGCACGGAGGCUUUCCUUCCCUUCAAGAACUCAUCUUGAAUGAGUUGUAUAAUUUAGAGGAAUGGUUAGAAUCUCACGGUGUCGACGAGUUGUUCCCCAAACUGCAGAGUCUGAAGAUUUUUGCUUGUCCAAGAUUGAAAAGUAUGCCGAGACUUCCUACAAUCCAAUACCUCGACAUAUUUUGGUGCAGUGGGAACCUACUCUCAUGUGUUGGAAGACUGACUUCUCUUUCUCUUCUUCGACUGGUGGAUAUGGACGACAUGACAUCCCUUCCCAACGGUUGCAUCAGAAACCUCACAUCUUUAACGACAUUUGAAAUCCAAGGGUGCAAACAACUCCAAUGUCUUCCUGGCGAUGAAAUGCAACACCUAGAAAUGAUUCGUUCAUUGACCAUUUAUCGAUUUAACAAUUUGGCAUCGUUUCCGUCAGAAGUGGGAUGCCUUGGUUCUCUUCGUUCUCUAAGUCUCAGAGGUUGUCCGAGUAUAAAGGUGCAGCCAGAAGUACUCGUACAAAUCUUGAAUUCACUACAUAAGUUCCAAAUAGAGAUUUGUCACAAGAAUGUCGAUAUACGGCGGCAACUGCAACACUUGCACACUCUCAAAGAAUUGUUUAUAACUGGUGUACAUGGGAGAUAUAAGAAUCAUAGUUAUAUUGGUCGCAACAAUGCCACACAAUUAGGUAUUUGUUGUUGUGAUGAAUUGGAGUCGUUGAUAACAGCAGAACCAACAAGCAAUGUGUUAGAAGAACUAUACAUAGAUGAAAUUUUCAAGCUAACGACCUUGCCUGACUGGCUACGGCAUCUCGAGUCUCUUCGUGUUCUAUCAAUCCACAACUGCUCAGAAUUAGGACUUUUGCCAAGAGGUUUGAAGAAUCUACCUAUAUUGGAAACUUUGAGGGUUUCCAACUGCCUACAAUUGAAAAGAAGAUGCGAAAGGGAGAUCGGGGAAGAUUGGCCCAUCAUCUCACAUCUGCCAUUCAUUGAUAUUUCUUAG